CGUUUUCUCCGGUGAUGAAGCGUGCAUUCGGUGCAGCGGCGCAGAUGCUCGCGGGGAGAUCUCGCGCUCUAACCGCCCCCCAAAAACCUCCCGCAAGGAGCCGCACUAACGCCAUAUCCACUCAUCUCUCAGCCCGCCCGAGCGAUAUCAUAAGGAAAACAUAGCUACAUUGUCUCAUGCGUUUUCGGAAACACUACAGUAGAGUGUAGUCACCAGGGGGCACGCGCUUCAGGAAACACUGUAACCUCUGCGAUGCGCUCGCGGAAUAAUUCAGCCUCUGCGCGUGAUUCGGGAUCUGCUCGGGUAUGAAUGCAUGUCCGGCGGAGGCGCGAGCGUGCUGACGGUCUUCAUAUCGCCGUGUCGGUUGCCUUCCCUUCUUCCCCCGUGUCUUUCUCUUUCUCCUUCUCUUUCCCUCCGCUGUUGGGAACUGAGCUAACAUGGCGACUGUACCAGUGUAUUGCAUCUGCAGAUUACCGUACGACGUAACCCAGUUCAUGAUCGAGUGCGAUGCCUGCAAAGACUGGUUUCACGGAAGCUGUGUGGGAGUGGAUGAGGACGAUGCACCGGACAUCGACAUUUACCACUGCCCCAACUGCGAGAAGACACACGGCAAAUCCACCUUGAAAAAGAAAAAGAACUGGAAUAAACACGACACGGGGCAAAGCGGAGACGUCAAACCGGUUCAGAAUGGCAGUCAGGUGUUCAUAAAGGAGUUGCGCAGCAGGACGUUCCCCAGUUCAGAAGAUGUGGUGGUCAAGCUCAGUGGGAAUCAGCUGACCUUGGACUAUCUAGAAGAAAAUGGUUUCAACGAGCCCAUCCUGAUCCAGAAGAAAGAGGGUCUUGGGAUGACCAUGCCUGCUCCUACCUUCUACGUCAGUGACGUCGAAAACUAUGUUGGGCCUGAUGUUCUCGUGGACGUUAUCGAUGUCACUAAACAGACAGACAGCAAGAUGAAGUUAAAAGAAUUUGUGGAUUAUUAUUACAGCACAAACAGAAAGAAAGUGUUAAACGUCAUCAAUCUGGAAUUCUCAGAAACAAGAAUGGCUAGUAUUGUUGAGAGUCCGCAGAUUGUAAGGAGGCUGUCAUGGGUGGCAAACUACUGGCCGGAUGAUGCUCUGCUCGGGAAGCCCCAAGUCACCAAAUACUGUCUGAUCUGCGUGAAGGACAGCUACACCGAUUUCCACAUCGAGUGUGCCGGUGCCUCCGUGUGGUACCAUGUCCUGAAGGGUGAGAAGAUCUUCUUCCUGAUCAAGCCCACCUCAGCCAACCUGUCUCUCUACGAGCGCUGGAGAUCCUCCUCCAACCAUUGCGAGAUGUUCUUCGCCGACCAAGUGGACAAAUGCUACAAAUGCACGCUGAAGCAGGGCCAGACACUCUUCAUUCCAUCAGGAUGGAUUAAUGCAGUAUUGACGCCCGUGGACUGUCUCGCCUUCGCUGGACACUUCGUCCACAAUCUAAGUGUGGAGAUGCAGAUGAGGGCAUAUGAGGUGGAAAAAAGACUCAAGGUCGCGAGUCUCACUCCAUUUCCCAACUUCGAGACAGCGUGCUGGUACGUGGGGAGGCACUACCUGGAGAGGUUUAAAAGUUUACAUAAGGCAAAUAAACAACCAGCAGCUUACCUUGUGCACGGUGCCAAAAUUAUCAAUGGGGCCUUUAGAUCAUGGACUAAAAAGCAGGCCCUUCUCGAACAUGAAGAUGAGCUUCCUGAAAACAUGAAACCCACACAGCUUAUUAAAGACCUUGCCAAAGAGAUUCGGAUUGCUGAGAAUGCAACUAAAGCCAUAAAGAGUGAGUUGAGCAACUCCAAGCCUCCAGCAGAGGAACCCCCAUCAGCCCCUUCAGAACCAGAAGAGCCAGUGUCUCCAUCUCUUAUGUCCACUCCACCUCGGGACAAACCAACCAGGAAAAAAGCCACCAAACCUCCAAAACCACCUAAACCACCCAAGAUGCCCAAGGCCCCAAAGCCACCCAAAGUUCCCAAAGUGAAGGAGGGUGGCAAGAAGAAAGUGAAAAAAGUGAAAGAAGGUGGCCUGCCAGAGAAAAAGCCGUCCAGCCUGGCAGCUCUUGAGUCCCAUGCAAAGGACAUCCUCAGCAAGAUGGAUCAGCCUAAAAAAGCUCCAAAGAGUGUGAUGAGCUUCAUGGAAAAAGAGACAAAUAAACAGAACAAUGUGGAGAAGUUUGAGAUGCGAGAACCCAACAAGAACAAAACAGAAGCAAAGUGGAAAUACAAGAAUAGCAAACCAGAUUCAUUACUAAAAAUGGAGGAAGAGCACAAAUUUGAAAAAACACCGCUAGGACAUAGAGACAAUAGAUUUUCCUUUACAAUGUCUCACAAGAAAUUGCUGGGGGCAAAGACACUGAAGCCGCAGACCAACUCGAGUUUGUUUGGCUCCUUACAGAACGUGAAAGAAGACAAAGCCAAGCCAGUCCGAGACGAGUAUGAGUACGUCUCAGAUGAGGGCGAACUCAAAAUUGACGAGUUCCCCAUCAGGAGGAAAAAGGCUCCGGUUAAAAGGGACUUUUCCUUUCUGUCAAACAUCCGGACAUCGGAGCCCAUCCAGACAUCAAAAAAGCCAAAAUUGCAAUCUUCGGAUAUUAAGAGUGCAGACUCUUCAGACGAGGAGUCACUUCACAUAGACACAGAGGCCAAGCCAGAGGUCAAAGGCCGUAACUCCAAGGCUUGCAAAAAGAAAGGGGGCAGUGCAGCAGGGAUCCUAGACCUCCUGCAGGCCAGCAAGCAAGUGGGCGGCAUUGACUACAACAACAGUCAGCCACCUGCAUCCCCCAGUACACAGGAGGCCAUCCAGGGCAUGUUGUCUAUGGCGAACCUGCAGUCCUCGGACACCUGCCUGCAGCCAGCCUGGAACAACAGCCAGGCCAAGAGCAACUCUCACAGCGGGACGGCCAGCAAAAAGCCUGCAGCAGCCAGCAACAGCAAGCGUCCCUCAGCCAAACGGCCUCCCAAAAAACCACGUAAAAGCAGCAGCGUGGACAGUGGUGACAUGUUCGAUGACGACGAUGACCAGGACCACUUGGACGCCUGCUUUAAGGACUCAGACUAUGUUUACCCUUCUCUGGAGUCUGAAGAGGACAGCCCCAUCUUCAAAUCACGGUCAAAGAAAAGGAAAAGCUCAGAUGACACUCCGUACAGUCCAACAGCACGUGUUGGGCCUUCUGUACCACGACAGGAAAGACCAACACGUGAAGGGGCCAGGGUCGCGUCCAUAGAGACUGGCUUGGCCGCCGCUGCUGCCAAACUCUCUCAUCAGGAAGAGCAGCAGAAGAUCAAGAAGAAAAAGAAGAGUAUCAAAAAGAAGCCCGUGGCUGUAGAGGAGCCUCAGAAACACUCUCAGGACUGCAGUUCUCCAGAGGCAACCCCGGACUCUGAGGGCAACGCAGCCGACCAGGAGUACGGCAGCGGAACAGUCAAGGCAGCCAGCGGCUCGCAGCCCAUGGCUCCAGGAGUCUUCCUCAAUCAGAGACGUCCCUCCACUUCAUCUCCGAACAGUGCCUCAGCACAGCCAGCAAAAGUGGAACGUGGCAACUCGACAGAUGCCAAAGCCAAGCGGCUAAAGAAAGGCAUGGCAACAGCCAAACAAAGACUCGGAAAAAUCUUAAAGAUCCAUCGGAACGGGAAGCUCCUCCUGUAACAGGAACAGUGGAGGGGAUUUGACAUUUUCUCCUGACGUUCUUAUGGACACAAUGGACUAGCCGAUCCGAUCCCUCCCUCCCUCUCUCUCUCUCUCUCUCUCUCUCUCUCUCUCUCUCUUUCCCCUCCCCCUUCCUCAAACUGUGGACAAGAACUGAAAGACGGAAGGGGAGUGUGCGAGUCACGCGACUUUUUCGAUUUCUAAGAAGAGCUUAGGUCAGAAUAGGUUUUUGCUUCAACUUAUACUUUAUAACUUUCAGAUAUUAAAAAAUGUACAGAAUACCUGCUAUUAAUAUUUUGUAAGAAGAAUUUGUCUCGUUUUACUACAGCUGUCAGUUUAUCAGGGGUUGCAAAGAUAUUAUAAAAUAAUAAAUAGCAGUCAUUCCAAGAUAAAGAAAGUAUCCCUUGCAUGUAUCCAGUUGCAUGCAUGCAUUGGUUUAGAGGGCUGGGACAGGGGUUCAAAUCCAGGAAUUCAUUUCUACUCUUUGGAUGUGGCUUAUCAUUGUCUUUUGAUGUUGAAUAAGUAUUACCGAACACUUUUUCAUUCAUUUUCAAAAUGACUGCCCCAUGUCUGUCCACCACACCACAUUUCCUAGUGUCUUGUGGUGAAAGGAUCUUUUAGAAUGAGUUACUUUUGCGUGCUGAGCACUAUCACUGAUGAUAUUUAUUGACCUAAUAUAAUUGUACGUCAUAGAUAGAUGUAGGAAUCUCAAAAGGCACUUAAAAUCCAUCAACAAAGCACAAAACUGUGAUAUUGUGAGUAGUUUUAAAUGUCUUUUUAUAACAGCUACUGUGAACCAUGAACUGAUGAGAAGAUUUUUUUUUCACAGACGAUAGCAGCCAAAUUUGGUUCCAUGGAACCAAAAUCAUCAAAUUCAUAAAACGUCCCGAUAACUCAGUACGUGCACAUCAUAUAUUAACCACAUCAGGUUCGUUAUUUAAAAUAGGGUUGUCUCACGUUAUAAAGAAUGAUCAAUUUGAUGUCCGACACACUAAUAGGUCAUACCGAUAACUGUUGGCAAUACUCACAAAGCAUUUUUUUAAAAAAAUCCCUAAUUCUUUUUACAUCAUGAUGUCUGUCCCUGAGUAAAUUUUAUGUCUUUUAUAUGAAUUGAGCUCCAUGUUACUGUAACGUUGGCAAAUGUAGCUUCUCUUUUUUCUUUUCUUUUUUUUUUUUUAAUCCAUAUCCUAAAACGAUCUAAACGAAAACACUAAUUACAUGGGACCGUGAGCUCUGAUAAGCCUCAUCCACAUCGAUGUGUAUCACUACGUUAGGGAUACUUUCUCUCUUUUGUUGGUCUCACAGGCAGCACCCAUUAACCCUAGACUGAAAUAUGCAUUUAUAUUGCUUCACAGUACAGUAUGUAGAAUGUAGCCUGUAUAUAGCUUUUUAAAUGAAUACGUUUUGUAUCCUUUUUCCUUAAUACUUCAUUAUACAUUUUUACUAGUUUUUUGCAAAGUGUAAACAAGAAAAAUAUAUAUAAAGAUAUAGAAAUAGUCCUUUCUUUCUAUUUUUUAUUUCUUUUCCCCGUAGAUACACGAUAGCUGAGCUUUUUUUUUAUUUUAACCAUCUUAUUUUGAACAUUUUUGUUAGACAAAGGUGUUGCCUGGAGAACAAAAGCAUCAUCAUAGCAUAACAGCUCAUAUGGCCUUACAUAAACAAAACUACAUGUAUUGAACUGAAUCACUUACACAACUUAGACGGGGGGGAUAUGUCAAGUCAAGGUUAAAGUUUCUACAACCAGCCUCAUGUUUUGGGUUCAACUGCCCGUACUGGGAGUCACAGUUCUUUUACUAGCACCUUGUGAAGUGUUGUCUGUGUCGGUGAUGUAAUUUAUUAAUGUUUGUAGCCUUUUAUACUUGUAUAAUUCUUAUGAGAUUUUGUUUGAAAUAUUUUAUCAGUGUGAAAGCCCCAUAGGAAACUUAUCAUUAAAAUGCCUUGUUGAGUUCCACAAAACUCAUUUUUGCCUUUAAUUUUCAUUUUGUCAACUGACACAGGUCAUUCAUUUGAAAUGUUAAGUGUUUAUUAUUAUUACUGUUAUUAUUAUUUUUUUUAUCAUCGUCAUCAUCAUCAUCAUCAUCAUCAUCAUCAUCAUGCAGCUCUUUUAAAAAAAAAAAUCUUAUGCCAUGAACUUUAUUUUGAUAACAGAAUAUGUACAUUCUCAACAAGGUUUGCUGAUCAAUUGCAGUGUUUUAGUUAUCAAUGUAAAUCUUGUAUCCACCUUUUCUGGAGUGAAAAGCACUCGGAUCGAUCUUUGUCAAUGGAACUAUUUCAGGUUUUAUUUGUACAAAAAUGUGUGUUGCUUUGUUGUGGUUUAUUUUUAUAUGUUCAAACCAAUUAAACUCAUCCACUGUACCAGGGCAGUGAAUGAUACCUCUUA